CUCCAGCCAGCCGUGACUUUUCUCAGCAUUAUCGCGAUUGCAAGCAAUAAACCAGAGCCAAGGAAACUCAGACAAAGCCCCUGCUCUUCCUUGCCAGGGCCAACCUAUGGCUGCUGCCUCUGGCUCGACUCUCCUGCUAGGGGACCCAUCUGCUUUUGCUGCCACCCUCAAGACUCUCAUCAACAACCCCCAGUUCAGUGAUGUAACAUUUCUGGUUGGCAAAGAGAAGCAGAAAGUCUUUGGCCAUCGUUGCCUCCUCUCUGCCCGCUGCCAGGCAUUCCAUGCAAUGCUAAGCCAGCCCCAUGAGACACAAGCCCCGCUGAUCCUGAAGCACAUGCAGCCGGAAGUGUUCCUUACCAUCAUCGAGUAUCUGUACACCAAUGGAGUCACUCUCAACAAUCUUACUGCCAUUGAGGUUUUGACUUCAUCCAUGGAGUAUGGGCUGGAUGACCUCAGAAAGCUAUGCAUUGAAUUCAUCAAAGACACACUAAAAGUGGACCAAGCAUGUGAAGCCUUUCAGGCAGCAGUGGCAUAUGGACUGCUAGAUUUGCAGAUGUACUGCUUGGCUUUCAUUGAGAAUUAUACACAGGAGGUGGUCCAAACACGUGGGUUCUUUGAACUGUCAGAACAGGCAGUGCAAACUAUUUUGCAGAGUGACUGUUUGGCCAUUGACGAGGUGAAGCUGAUCCAUGCUGUUCGAGAAUGGGCUCAUGUUGGGUCUGCUGUGCUGGGUAGGACCGUGCAUGAUAUGGCACAAACUGUGGUGCCACAGCUCCGCCUAGCUCUGCUGUCACCAAGGGAGCUGACCUCUCUGGAAGAUGAGAACAAAAAAGACCAGAUGAUUCCGGUGGAGAGUUUUGCUGAGGCCUGGAAAACCCAUGCUCUGUGGAAGAGGCGUGGGAUGCGAUCCUCCUUGUGCCAGCGUCGGCAUGGCACGCUGCCUCGAGUCCAUCAUCGCCACCUUGACCCACGGCAUAAGUGACAUGAUGUCCUUGGAAUGAGGAGGAAGCAACACUUUUGUGCCCAGCCAAGACAACUUUGUUUUCAAUUUGGGGACAGACCAAUGCUGCUUAAAUCCAUGGGGGCAUCCUGCCUGCAGCCCAAGCUAUAUUUCAUUUAGCUGACAGCACUAGACAAGGGUUUCCAAUCUGUGAGAAGAAAAGGUUUAGUCUCCAGUACAUGUUCUUUCCAUCAGAGGCAGUAUCUCAGCUUUUGGACCUUGAUUUUUUUUUUUUAUGGUUUCUUCCAACCCAUUCCUAUCUCUGAUGGCAGAUACCACCUGACAGUCAGGCCUACU